UUCGUUUCCCUUUGAGUCAGUGCAGGAAAUCCAGCGUCUUGAAAAGUUCCAAAAAACUAUAAAGUUUUUGAAAACUACCAGACAUCUAAGGACAACAGUUGAUGCUCUUUUUUUGAUAACGUAAAACGUGUAAUAUGGACAUUGAUCAUUGAGUUACAUAUAAGAGAACAACAAUGUCAGGUUUUCCUGGAGGAGGUCCACCCGGGGGUUUUGGUGGUUCAAACAAUGCAAGUCUGUUUGGACAAAACCCCAUGGACAUCUUUGGUCAAGGCGGAGGUCAGGGAUUGGCUAAUCUGAUGGGGAACGGAGGAGGGCAAGGAUUUCCUGGAGGCGGACUCGGGGAGAUGCUUGGGGGAGGGUUCGACCCGAGUGUCCUGCAGGGAAUGUCUGAGGAGGAUCAGAGAGCUGUGCUGGCAGCCAUGCAGGAGGGAAAUGAAGGGGGAAUGCUGAAUCAAGGAGGCCAACUAGGUGGUUUAGGUGGAAUCAUGAAUCCCGGAGGUGGAGGGGGCAUGCUUAAUCCAGGAAUGGGAGGCAUUCCCGGCCUAGGAGGACAGGGUUCCAUGGGAUUUGGGCUAGGAAACCCCGGGGGACACCCCGGAACAAACACCUCUAUGGGUGGAAGAUUCCCUGGAGGAAAUUCUGAACCGAGCGCUAACCAACCAAGUGGCCCACCUCCAACUGAUGCUUUUUCUCGUGAAAUCCGAGCUGAAACUGAGAAAGCGGAAGCAUGCCAAGACCCUUACGCCCUUGCAGGAAUGGACACUAUUUUUGUCCUGGACACAUCAGAAAGCAUGAGAGGGGAGGGGAUAAGUCAGGCCAAGGGGGCCAUAGAGAGGCUCAUGUCAGAGCUUGAGAACGUCGCCAUGGAGAGUGGGUUGGAGGAGAACUUGUGUCUCAUCACGUGUGGCAGUGAGACCAGCGUAGUACAGCACCUGACCAACGACUACCAGCUGAUCAGGCGCAGUUUAGAGAGGGUCCAGCCCCGAGGAAGUACCCCAUUACAGCGUGCUUUAUCCCUGGUUGUUGCUGCACUCAAAAGAGCACAACGUGAGGUGGUUCUUAGACAUGUACUAAAUCCGAGGGUGAUCAUUCUCUCGGACGGUCAUGCCACUAAUCCACUAAACCUGCAAGCACAGGAAUCCUCAACGGAUGAAACCUCACAACAGGAAACACCGGGAGUAAUCGAAAUGAUCAAAUACUUGAUCACCAGCCUGUGCAUGAAGUUUAUAUACAUCCCCGUCGGAGACCCGGACAGUACAUUUUCGGAAAGCCUAAGUCAAGUGGCCAUGGCCCACAUUGUGUUGGCAGGGGACAUCGGGAGUCUGGCGUCAUUCCACAUGCAGCAGAAAGUGACGGCACAGGUCAAAGAGAAUCAGAAGAAAGGUGAAUCCAUCACCAAGUUGACGGUCAAGGCCACAGGUCGAUCGCAGUUCCCCUCCCUGAAGGACAGAGAUGUAAAUGCCGUCAUGGUGCUGAUUACUGAACCGAGCGCUCCAAAGGAGUUUGUGUUCCGGUACCCCUGGCCAGGCGUGUCGGUGCAGUCCAUUGUGGGGAGUCCUGGAUUCAUCCUACAGGGAGGAAUCGACGGUGCUUCUUUACCCGGGGGAUUUCCUGAAAUAACAGGGAAUGGUGGGGGUAUUCCUCAAGACUGGCCGCCCCGGGAUACUAACUCAAUGCCGUUCCAACUCCCAGGUCAGAUGAGGGGGCCGGACGGUCCCGAGGCUCAGGGCGAGGAAGCAGAGGAAAUCACACAGGAGAAAAUCAAUGAGCUUCUAGAGAAGUAUGGGGGUGGGCCGCCAAAGAAGGACAACCUCCCGAUCCCUCUCAGACCGGGGGUCAGAGUCGCCACCGGACCAAACUGGAUGUGGAGGAUGAAUGGGGUGGAAGAAAAUGAACAAGGGACCGUGGUGGAAUCUCGCCCCGAUGAAGAGAACCCCACCGGCGAGUUUGACGGUUGGAUUCGGGUCAAGUGGGACAAUGGAGUGGAGGAGGAUUACAGAUUUGGCCUGGAUUACGAGUUUGACAUCGAACCACUGAAAGGGGGGAUGGAUGCUGUGGAGUGGCCUCCAGGAAAAGAAAGGAUCAUCCUGGAGGAGGAGGACUUGUCCCAGAAUGAUGACGAGGAUUUUGUGGAGACCAUGAAGAGGCUGAUAAACAGAGGCAGCUCCUCCACCCAACAGCCCAACUCGUCGACCCCCUCUGGGGCCUCAGGGUUUGACCCCCGAGGAGGUCCUCCUAAGAGGGAUCCAGGACAACCACCGCAGGAAAUUCCGUUCCUGAAUCCAAAACACGCAGAGGAGUAUGCCAGAAUACAGAGAGAGAAGCAACAGCAGGCUGCUGCCAAGACUGGUCCUCAACCCGCCACCGGUCAGCCACCAAGCAGGCCCCAAGGUCAGCAACCCGGUGGUUUUGUGGGUCAGCAGUCAGUGGGGUCCCAGGGAGCACAGCGCCCAUCACAGACUUCCGAGACUAUCUACAAAAGAAAUGAAACUCCAUCCCAGAGCACCACUGCAGCAACCAAUCAAGCGGGAGCUGGUAGAUCAGAGGGAUCCUCCACCGCAGGCACCACAUCAUCCACAAACACCACAAGCAGAAAAAAAACACAAGACGAUGAAGUGUGCUACGUUUGGCAGUACUAUACGGACCAGGGCGACUGGAGGUCGUACUCCCCUGAUAUCCAAAAGCGGGUGGAGUCUGAAUAUCUGAAGCGCAAGUGUAAAGGAAGCAUCGUUAUUAACUUGGGAAAGGGCUCGGAAAGAAUAAUCUUCAAAAGCAUGGAGCAAAGAAAUGUGGAAAAACAAGUCGUAAGGCCAGUCCGAAGAGUGGAAGCUGAUGCUGAAAAGUUGAGAGAGCUUCAGGAGAUGUGGUCUGCAUAGUUAGGGAGGAAGUGAUGUCAUAAAGUGAUCUACUAUCAUCCAAUAUACAACAUUGUACAGGAAAACUCAGUUAUAGUGAAGUGCCAUAAAGAUUGUUGAUUAAACGUUAUCUGUAAUGUGUCUAUAUUACAUUUUUAAGAUGAGGGAAAUGAAACUGACUUUGCUGUAGUGGUGAAUUUGUUUAUAGCAGGAUUACAAUUUGUCGUUAAUUACUAUGUACUUAAUUUCUCAGUAGGAGUGGAAUUAUAAAAUCUUUGACCAACUGUGUUAUUCAUAGAAUAAUGGUUAUAGUUAUUCUCUUCUGUCUAUCUGAUAUAUUCUCUUCUGUCUAUCUGGUAUAUUCUCUUCUGUCUAUCUGGUAUAUUCUCUUCUCUCUAUCUGUUAUAUUGUUCUGUCUAUCUGUUAUAUUGUCUUCUGUCUAUCUGGUAUAUUCUCUUCUGUCUAUCUGUUUGUCCUAUUGUCUUUUUAGCUUUUCUGUGGCUUUAAUUUAUGGUGUUAUAUUAUUACGAUAUUUUCAUGUUUGUAUUUUAUAUUUACUAAAUUUAUUUGAGUCUAUACAGACCCUUUUAUUCAGCGUUGUUUCAUCUAAUAAUAGGAACCAUUUUUACGUGAUCACAUACGGUCGGCGUUUUAUAUGCUGUAUGAUUUGUAUUCUCUGUUGAAAUUUUUAUCGAUUAAGCAAAUAUUUUUAAACUACAUCACAAGGAUUUUUUUUAUAAAUAAUAACAAUUCACUAAAUGUAGUUUGCAAAAUUAUGAAUUCCAAAACCAGAUUGGUUGAUGCAAAUGUAAAUUACAAACCAAAAGGUUUUUGUUUAUCUUUACAAGAACUGUAUAGAAUUUACUACAAUAUUUCCCUUUUCAACUUUUAUUUUGUUUAAGAUAUCAGUGAUUAGCCACUUUAUUUGGUUUUGUUUUUUUAACAUACGUGUAAAUAUAUGUGAGAUGGUUUGAUAUUUGUUGUUUGUUAUUUUGGUUGGUUAAAAUUUCUUAUCUUUCAAUAUCAUGUAAUUAUAGCAAUUUUUUAUUCUUUGCCAUUUUUGCACAUGUGACCAAGUUCUCCUGUAUCAAAAUAAAAAUCUACUUCAAUAUCAUAUUCUUAUUUCAACAUGUUAAUGUACAAAUCAUAGAUUUGGGAUUUCCUUAAAUAAAUAUAUUUUUCUCGU